AUGGCUCCCAAGGCUGCCCAUGCCAUCGACGACAUACGGUCUCCAAUCGACCUGAGCGCUGUUCCGCCUUUCUGGAAACGCAAGAAUGGUAUCCUCUUGUACCUUUUGCUCACAUCCUCUCUCUUCGCCAGUAUGGCGUUGGGCCUUGACAUGAGCAUGACCAAUGCCCUUCAGACAGUCGGGAGCUGGCAAGAACGCUUUGGCCAUCCUACUGGCUCGAACCUUGGCUUCUUCGGUGCUUCGAACGCCAUCGGUGGCGUCAUUCCUUUCAUCUUCCUCAGCUGGAUCGGAGAUGUUGCAGGCCGUCGAGUUCCCACUGCCUUGGGCUGCAUCAUCAUCAUCUCCGGCGUCAUCGUUCAGUUGUUUGCCACUUCGCUCAACAUGUUCAUCGGAGGCAAGAUUGUCCUCGGUAUCGGCUCGUCCCUUAUCCAGAUGGGUGCUCCCGUCUUGGUCACGGAACUGGCGCAUCCCAAAGAACGAGUCCAGGCCACGACCUUCUACAACACGAGUAUUGUGCUGGGAUAUGUCAUCGGCGCAUGGGCGACUUAUGGAUGCUUCCGCAUCCCUAGUGAAUGGUCGUGGAAGCUGCCCACGCUCAUUCAAAUUGUUCCAUCAGUAUACCAGCUCAUUCUCAUCUUCUUCUGCCCGGAGUCCCCUCGUUGGCUGAUUGCCAAGGGAAAGCUGGAAAAAGCCCGCGCAAUCCUCAUCAAGUAUCACGGCGAGUGCGAUCCCGACAGCGAGCUCGUCAAGUUUGAGCUUGCCGAGAUUCAGCAGGCGUUGGCCGAGGAAGCCGAGCAAAAUAUGACGUGGAAGGCCUUUUUCUCCUCGAAACCAAAUAUUAAGCGACUGUCACUUUGCUUUGCAACGGCCCUCUUCAGUCAAACCUCCGGUGUCAAUCUCGUCUCCAGCUACCUGACUCGGAUCCUCCAAGACACCGGCAUCAAGGCGGAGAAGGAUAUCACGCUAGUUAAUGGUAUGAUCACGCUGUGGCAGUACAUCGUUGCUAUCACCAUGGCGUUUCUCGUGGAUCGAUUCAAACGCCGCACAUUCUUCCUCGUUGGCUCCGCUGGUGUUCUCGUUGUGUUCAUCGUAUGGACUAUCGCCGCGCAACAGUACCUCGCCGGGUCUCUUGCCGCUGGUCGUCUUGUCCUUGCCUGCAUCUUCCUCUUCCAGGCCUUCUACACCUUUGCAUGGAGUAAUCUUGUGGUGACAUAUCCGCUUGAAAUCGUCACGUAUCAGAUGCGAGCAAAGACCUGGGCCUUUGUGCUCCUCACGAUCCAAGUAUCAUCCAUUUUCAAUGGCUACGUGAAUCCCAUUGGAUUGGAGAAUAUCAGCUGGAGGUAUUACAUCUAUUACUGCGUCUGGGUGGCCAUUAUCUUUGUGAUUGUCUACUUCUUCUUCGUUGAGACAUCGGGCCCGACUUUGGAGGAGCUCGCUUAUUUGUUUGAGGGCAAGGAUGCUAAGCAGGAUCUCGCCGAGGAGAUUAAGAUCAAGAAGGAGGAGCUAGAAUUUGUGCACGAGAAGGAAGUCUAA